UUACUUUGUAUCUUUGUAUAUUUGUUAUUCGAUCUAAAAUAAGGUUCCAAAUUAAAACACCUUAAUGGAAUAGGGAAAAUCACAAACUUUCAAUGGAAGAGAGUAGUUGCGACAAAUGGAGAGACAGAAACAAGGUAAAACCACCACCUAGACCGAGCUGCUUUCAGCCACUGGAAGGAAAUUGUCCAGAAUGCAAACCUCCCGAAGAAACUCCACCACAGGAGCCACCAACUGGGAAAGAGGAAAACGUUGUAAAAGACGAAAACAUUGUGAAAGACGAAAACAUUGUGAAAGCAAUUCUCAAGCCAGAGCCUCCAACAAGACGUGUUAUAGAUCCAAGCCGUCUAUGUGCGUCAUCUCUCACUCGCAAACGAGAAAAAUGCUGCAAUCUAAGUGAGGCCGGAGAAGCUGAACAUAAAGAUAAUUUCUGUUCAGCAAAAUGCAGCCCACUGAAACCAGCGAUGCUUCACUUGGAAGAGUGGACGAAGCGUCCUCGGCCGAAACCUACUUAUAAGAAUUGUGUUUACCUCAAUAAUGAACUUUUGGCUGGACGUGCAUUUCCUAUGAAGUUUCGGAUACGUCGAAAUGUGCGCAAUUGUGGUGUAUGUGGUAGGGCAAUGUAUUUACGUGACUCAAUUACGGAUAGUUCAAAUAUAAUCUUGAUUUCGAACUGCUGCGACGUCCAGGUGUAUCCAAGUUCGUAUAUUGAAAAUUGGCAUCGUGUACCCAUUCUAUCAAUAACACGCAAAGAAUCUAUGCAUAAGAAAGUAAUUAACGAAAUCUGUGUACUUGAACCCAAAAAACUUCCACCGCCACCACCUCCACCUCCACCACCACCGCCGCCACCUCCAUCCACAAAGAAAAAGCCAAAGAAAGGAAAG